CUUCGAGAGAAGCAAGCAUACGUGGAGAAAGUUGAGAAGCUGCAGCAGGCCCUGACCCAGCUGCAGUCGGCAUGUGAGAAGCGAGAGCAGAUGGAGCGUAGGCUGCGGACCUGGCUGGAGAGGGAGCUGGAUGCCCUGAGAACCCAGCAGAAACAUGGAACUAGCCAGCCCGCCAGCGUUCCAGAAUGCAGUGCCCCUGCCCUCGUGGAACUUGUGCGGGAGAAGGAGGAGCGGAUCUUGGCCCUGGAAGCUGACAUGACCAGGUGGGAGCAGAAGUACCUGGAGGAGAGCACCAUCCGCCACUUCGCCAUGAGUGCGGCGGCGUCCGCUGCAGCCGAGCGGGACACCACGAUCGUCAACCACUCGCGGAAUGGCAGCUACGGCGAGAGCUCUCUGGAGGCCCACCUCUGGCAGGAGGAGGAGGAGGUGGCUCAGGCCAGCAGGAGGUGUCAGGACAUGGAAUUCACUAUUAAAAAUCUCCAUGCCAAAAUCAUAGAGAAGGAUGCCAUGAUAAAGGUCCUCCAGCAGCGAUCCCGAAAAGAUGCCGGGAAGAUGGACCCUUCCAGCCUGCGGCCUGCCCGUUCUGUGCCGUCCAUCGCAGCCGCCGCCGGGACCCACUCGCGCCAGACCUCCCUGACCAGUGGCCAGCUGAUCGAGGAGAAGAAGGAGGAGAAGACGUGGAAGGGGAGCGUAGAUGCCCAGGGCAUCUCUGCCUACACCCAGGAUUUGGCAGGCCCACAGCGGGGAGCUGAGGACCUUGGCCUGAAGGAAAAGCUGCUGUGUUGUCUGCAGCAGUAUUCCCCUUGUUGCUAUAAUUGGUGUCCAG